UGCCAGGAGAAAAUGCCAGGAGAAGUACAAACUGAGAAUCUCUUUUCAAUAUGGAGCUAUGAUGGGAAAUUGGUAUAUGAGGACAUCAUUGAAUCUACAGAGGAAUUUGACUCUAAGCAUUGUGUAGGAGCAGGGGGGCAUGCAAGUGUUUAUAAAGCUAAGCUGCAAACAGGCCAGAUUGUUGCAGUGAAGAAAAUUCACACAGUACAAGAUGGUAGUGGGGUAGCAAAUCUCAAGGCUUUCCAGAGUGAGAUCCGUGCACUCUCAGAAACUCGUCAUCGAAACAUUGUGAAACUCCAUGGUUUUUGCACACAUCCACGCCACUCAUUCUUGGUUUACCAGUUUCUGGAAGGGGGAAGCUUAGAAAAGUUGCUACACAAUGGCAGAGAAAUAGUUAUGUUUGAAUGGAUUGCAAGGGUAAACCUUGUCAAGAGUGUGGCAGAUGCUUUAUCCUAUAUGCACCAUGAUUGCUCGCCUCCAAUUGUUCAUCGAGACAUAUCAAGCAAGAACAUCUUGCUGGAUUUAGAAUACAACGCUUACAUAUCUGAUUUUGGCACAGCUAGAAUUUUGAAGCCCAACUCUUCCAAUUGGACUUCAUUUGCAGGCACAUUUGGAUACACUGCUCCAGAGUUUGCAUACACAAUGGAAGUGAAUGAGAAAUGUGAUGUCUAUAGUUUUGGAGUGUUAACUCUAGAAGUGAUCAUGGGAAAGCAUCCGGGGGACCUCAUGAUCUCAGUUCUCUCGUCCUCAUUAUCGACAUCAAAUACUGUGCUUGAUACACCGCUGAGGGACAUUUUGGAUCAACGCCUUUCAGCUCCUAGAGGUCAAAUUGCAGAGAAACUGGGGUUUAUUGUGAAGCUUGCAUUUUCAUGCUUGCAAACCAAUCCGCAAUCUUGGCCAACCAUGAAGCAGGUUUCCCAGGAGCUAUCACAUCAAAGGCGAUCUUUACUAGCUCUCGGCUUUGACAAGAUUACCUUGUCACAGCUGCUUGACAAUGCUUGUAUUCCUGGACAUCAAUCUGCACCCGUCCUUCUCUCUGAAAUUGUGUGAGAAUCAUUCCUUAUUUCAUCUUAUUAGACUGUUUGUGUUUUGUUUAUAGACCAAAGUUGUCCUAGCUUAUGUACUAAAGAAAAUCCGUGUAUUGGAUGAAGUGAAACCGUCUGUUUCUUGCUCUUUAGGGUAUAAAAAAUU